CUUUGAAAACACACGCUGGCUUGUUACGAACAACAAACACCUAUCUAUCACACACGACUACAAUCAUGUCGGAGAAUAUCAAGUCUGUCAACAUCCCAAAUAUUACGUGGAAGACUGCCGCCGACAUCCACCUUCCACCCAACUUUGACGAGAAGAAGAAGUACCCCGCCGUCGUCUCUGCUCACCCUAUCGGCUCCUGUAAGGAGCAGACCUCGGGCAACAUAUACGGAAAGGCAAUUGCGGAGGCAGGAUUUGUGGUUGUCGCCUUUGACGCUUCUUUCCAGGGCGCCUCCGGUGGCGAGCCUCGCUUUAUCGAGGACCCUGAGUUCCGCGUCUCGGACUUUCGCUUUGUUGUCGACUACAUCCAGACACUUCCCUAUGUCGACGCCGAACGCAUCGGCGUGCUCGGCAUCUGUGGAGGUGGUGGCUACGCCAUUAAUGCGGCCAUGACGGACUACCGUCUCAAGUGUUGCGUCGGCAUCACGCCCGUGAACUUUGGUCGACUCUCCCGCGAAGCCUUUGGCAAUUUCGACCCUGCUGGCUCAUUGGAGAAGAUGGCUAAACAGCGAACCAUCGAGGCACAGGGUGGCCAACGUCUUGUUAUCAAUCUGCUGCCCCCAUCUGUCGAGGAGGCCAAGAAAUCGACCGCGGACAUCGACGUCAUCGAGGCGACCGAAUACUACAAGACCCCCCGCGGCCAGGCGCCGAAUGGCUGCACCAGCGGUCUUUAUUCUUUCAAUAGCGCCGCUCUCGCGUGGGAUGCCUUCAAUCAUGCGGAGGUACUGAUGACGAAGCCGCUCAUGGCUGUCGUCGGUGACAAACCCGGUGGUUUCGGCGCCUACCGUGAUGCCCAGGAGAUAUACGGGCGGGCUGGUUCCCAGGAGAAGCGCAUCGUCGUACUGCCGGGGAUCUCGCAUUACAUGCUUUAUGACAAGCCCGAAGCUGUCAAGCCCGCGCUAGACCAGGUCCUACCCUUCCUUAAAGAUCACCUUGGUAACGCUAGGUAGAUCGGAAUCUCCGCAGUCUAGGAUAUCAUGAAUAAACGAAUUGUUAUAAACUGGUCGAGGCGGAGCUUGUGCCCAUCCUAAAUCCAAACUCUUCUGUUGCAUGCGUGAGAAUUGGUCGCUGAAUCUUCAUCAUUCGAGUAGAGUCCUGUUAGUUGUUGUUUUGUGAUAGAACAGGGGACAAAAUGCUGUAAACUAUUCGCACUGCGUCAG